UUCCCACCAAAAAAAUCAUGAUAUAUAUGCUGGGUUACAUUCCCUUCCCGCCAAGACGUUUGACUGAAACUAGGGUUUCUGGAUUGUGAGGAAUAGCUCUCAUUGACAUGGCGGAUCUUACUCAAAUCGCUCACCUUCUCAACCAAACAAUCAGCCCUGACGCCACCGCCGUUCAUACCUCCACUUAUGAGCUCGAUCGCCUUUCCCUCACUCAUCGAUUCCCCUUCCAUCUCCUCUCCAUUUCCACCGGAGGAGAAAAUCAAGGUCAGAAAAUUGCUGCUGCUACGUAUCUCAAAAACCUCACGCGCCGCAACGUUGAUACCAGUGGUGCCACACCUUCGAAUGUGAGCAAGGAGUUCAAGGACCAGUUGGUGCAAACUUUGCUUCAAGUUGAAUUUCCCGUUCUCAAGAUUUUAGUCGAAGUGUUCCGAAUUGUUGUUUCUGCGGAUUUUGUGAAACAGAGUUUGUGGCCAGAACUUGUGCCUAAUUUAAAAUCUGCUAUUCAAAAUAGCCAUCUUAUCAAUGGAUCAAACUCCACAUGGAAUACCAUCAAUGCUCUUACUGUUCUUCAUGCGCUUCUCAGACCCUUUCAGUAUUUUUUGAAUCCCAAAGUUGCAAAGGAGCCAGUACCACCACAGUUGGAGCUCAUAGCAAAUGAAAUUCUUGUACCUUUGCUUAUUGUAUUUCAUCAAUUUGUUGGAAAGGCCUUAGCAAAUAACGAAAGAGCAGAAAUAGAAAUUGAGAAAGCCAUCCUCACUAUAUGCAAAUGCCUACAUUUUGCAGUAAAGUCCUACAUGCCAUCAACUUUAGCUCCUCUACUUCCUUCGUUGAGUCAGGAUCUAAUGAGCAUUUUGAGUUCUUUGAGCUUUGAUUGUUCAGUCACUCAAGAAGAUGUAUAUUUGACAAGGUUGAAGUCUGGGAAAAGAAGUCUGCUCAUUUUCUCUUCUCUUGUCACCCGUCACAGGAAACAUUCUGACAAGUUGAUGCCAGAUAUUAUAAAUUGUGCUCUAAACAUAGUCAAAUUUAGCAAAAAUACCAGUAGACUUCCUUUCCUGUUAGAGAGGAUUCUGUCACUAGGUUUUGAUGUUAUUUCAAAUGUCCUCGAAACUGGCCCUGGGUGGCGGUUAGUUUCUCCACAUUUUACAACUUUAUUGGAAUCUGCUAUCUUCCCAGCAUUGGUAAUGAAUGAGAAGGAUGUAUCAGAGUGGGAAGAAGAUGCCGAUGAGUACAUACGAAAGAAUCUUCCUUCCGAUAUAGACGAAAUUUGUGGAUGGAGGGAGUAUUUAUUCACUGCCAGAAAAAGUGCAGUAAACUUACUUGGUGUUAUUUCAAUGUCAAAGGGGCCACCUAUGGAGACUUCAAUUGACAGUUUAUCUGCUUCAGCCAAACGUAAAAAGGGUCAAAAGAACAAAAGAAGCAAUCAGCGCCGUUCUAUGGGGGAGUUGUUGGUGCUUCCUUUUUUGUCCAAGUUUCCUAUGCCUUCUGAUUCCAACAUGUCUAAAAAAAAAAUCCUGAAUGAUUACUUUGGUGUGCUGAUGGCAUAUGGCGGUCUGCAAGAUUUUUUGAGAGAGCAAGAAUCUGGAUAUGUGACAAUUCUGAUUCGUACACGGAUUUUGCCACUAUAUACAGUAGCUGUUUCUGUACCACACCUCAUUGCAAGUGCAAACUGGGUACUUGGAGAACUAGGCUCCUGUCUACCAGAGGAAAUGAGUGCUGAUGUAUAUUCUCAAUUACUUAUGGCAUUGGUUAUGCCGGAUAAGCAGGAUACUUCUUGCUAUCCUGUGCGGGUUUCUGCUGCUGGGGCAAUAACUACACUGCUUGAUAAUGACUACAUGCCCCCCGAUUUUCUACCCCUUCUCCAAGUAAUAGUUACCAACAUUGGAAAUGAUGAGAAUGAUAGCUCCAUUUUAUUUCAGCUUCUCAGUUCUAUCAUGGAAGUUGGAGAUGAGAAAGUUGCAGUCCAUAUCCCACACAUCAUCCCUUCUCUAGUGGGUUCAGUCUCAAAAUGGUUAACUUCCGAUCUGGAGCCUUGGCCUCAGGUGGUUGAGCGUGGAAUUGCUGCUCUGGCAGUUAUGGGUCAGACAUGGGAAGACUCGAGGCCUGAAGUAUCCGAGUUAAAUGGCGUUCAAGAAAAAUGGGUUGCAGAUCAGGCGGCAAUUGGCAAAGCUUUUGCUGCACUGUUGCAGCAGGUUUGGCUUACACCUAUAUGCACACAGGAUGAACAAGAUCAGAAAUUUCCGACUUCAUCAUGCAUAGAAGAUCUGUCAACUUUACUGCGGUCUGUCAUGUUAUCUGUUGAUGGAGAUCACAUGAUUCAGGAGCUUAAAGUGUCAGAGCUGCUCUCAGUUUGGGCAGAAAUGAUUGCAGAGUGGCAUGCAUGGGAGGAAUCAGAAGAUUUGUCCAUUUUUGAUGUGAUUAAGGAAAUUGUGAAUUUAGAUCGCUCAUACAGGCUGAAAAACUUCCUUGUAAAAGAGACUCCACCCCCUCCAGCUCCACCUGUGCCUGAACGUUCAAUUGUAGAAGGAAUUGGCACUUUUGUAAGUGAGGCCAUUAAGCAAUAUCCUUCUGCAACAUAUAGAGCUUGUUCAUGUGUUCAUACAUUACUACAUUGUCCAACCUACUCACUUGAAACCGAAGGUGUAAAGCAGUCAUUGGCUAUUGCUUUUAGUCGGGCAGCCUUCUCUCGCUUUGUUGAAGUUCGAAGCACGCCCGAUUCACUCUGGAAGCCUCUAUUGCUUGCUAUGUCUUCAUGCUAUUUAUGUUAUCCUGAAAUUAUAGAAGGUAUUAUGGAAAAAAGUGAAGAGGCCGGCAUCACAAUUUGGGCAUCUGCGUUGUGUCACGUAUCCAAUAGCUCCUUUGAGGCUGCCGGUCUGACAACAGAGUCUGAGAUGAAGUUAAUGGUGAUCACACUGGCCCAAUUGAUUGAGCAGCUUCUGAAACAAGGGAAGUCAUACGGUGAUUCAAUUCAUAACUGCUUUACUUCACUGAUGGAGGUAUCCACUCAGUUGAAAGAAUUACAGGACGAGAAAGGAGAUGAAGAAGAAGCCGAAGAGUCUGAAAAUGACGAUGACGAUGAGGACGAAGACAGUGGCGAUGAUGACUCCGAAGAUUACGAUGAUGAGGACUCUGAGGUUGAGGAGUAUGAAGAAACGGAAGAAGAAUUUCUCGAUAGGUAUGCUAAAGCUGCCGGGGCAUUGGAAAAUGGUUCAGUUAUUAUGGAAGAGGGGGAUGUUGAAGAUCAAGAACUGGAUAUGGAAUUAGGUCAAUUACUUGCCGUUGAUGAGCAAAAGGUUGUGUUGUCCUUGAUAGACAAAUACCGCCAUGUGCUUAUACAAGAACAAGAUUUUCCCUCGCAGCUCAUCACAAAUUUUCUGAAUGCCUUCCCCGAGUAUGGUUUGUAUUUCCAUCAAUACUGAAGUACGUUUUAUGUUCUACAUUGUUGGUGUUGGGUGUAAAUUAAGAUUAUUCGCUAGAAAAGUCAGGAUUUUGAAUUAUUUGUACAAGGGAACAGGUAUUGUUAUUUUUUUUUUGGGAUGUGUCGGGGAGUUUGUAUUGGUUAGUUUUAUUUCUCAUUUAUUUAUUUGUAUAUUUAUUUAUUCUUUUAAUUGAGUAGAGAAGGGUUACUUACCAUGUUGAGAUUUUAGAUUUGAGAGUUGAGCCGACAUGUAAGGGAGUUAAAUUGUAUUGUAGAACGAUAUUUCUGAUUUGAGUUAUAGAUUUUGCGCCAUGACUGUCAUACUUUUGGCUACCUCCAUGGCAUCUACCAUUAAAAUCUUUUUUA